UGUGGCUCCGGAAUGAAAUAAAUCUGAUAAAUAAAUUUGAACCUGGAAAUAAAAAUGCUUCAAUUUGCAGCGAAGGAGGAAGAAACCGGGUCUUUUAUUGCAGCUUCGUUAGGAUCAGCAUGUCUGAGCCGGACGUGCGUUUCCAUGGUAACGCUCAUUGAGACCGUUUUCAAUGCAAAGACAAAGCAGGUUUAGUCUUUUCUCAGAGCGAUUCAUUGGAUGUGACCAACAUUAUCUUUCAUAUCUUCAGCCGCCUCCAUCUCCGGAUGAAGAUGAUGAGGAUGUUCCCGGCGGCCGGAGCCAGGCUCGGCUCCAGCUCCAGGUAAGCCUCCAGCCUCCCGCUCCGAGCUCAAGCCGUUUCCUGACGCGCAUCUCGGCCAGCAGGCAGCCCGCCACCCCGCGUGGAUUCCGGCACGGAUUCCCGCACCGACCCGCGGAGGAGCAGCGCGUCGGUCGGUGUGUCCAUCAGCUGCAGAUUUCACACACACACACACACACACACACACACACACACACACACACACACACACACACACACACACACACAGCAGGAGUGCUUUGGUCUAAUUUCUGGCAGCUUGCAUCACAAGGUCACUUUGCACGAACGGUGCCUUGCUCGUGGGCUCGCAGGCUGCCGCUGCUGAAUGUGUGUCAGUGGGCCACCGGAAAAACAGACUCGACAUUAAAGUGCGGACGCAGCGGGUCGGUGAAGACAUGAGCCAGAACUGAUGGAGUCUCUGAACGCCGUGGAGCUCCGGGACCUGCAGCGCCGCCGCGGCUCGGCCAGCAGGGGGCGCUGCGCCGCCGGAGGCUUCGAGAACGUCUCCUACCAGCCGGACGAGGAGCCGGACGAGCCGGGACCGGCUGCGACCCGCGUCUGUCCGCCCAGAACCAGCACGCUGCAGGUUUCUCCAGAGUCGUGCAACGAUGAGGACGUCGCCGCUGCCGGAGGAGGAGGUGAUGAAGGUGUGGGCCUGGCGGCGCCGGGCCCAGCUGACGGCCGCUCUGCGGACCUGGGCUUUGUGGUGGCGCUGGUUCUGCUGGUGAGCGGCAUCAUGCUGGUGGCGGUGGCCUACACCGUCCCCCGGGACGCCGGGGUGGAUCCGGACUCGGUGUCGGCGCGGCAGAUGGAGAAGCUGGAGCUGCACUACGCCCGGCUGGGCUCGCACCUGGACAGGUGCAUCAUCGCCGGGCUGGGCCUGCUGACGCUGGGCGGGAUGUUCCUGUCCGUCCUGCUCAUGGUCUCCAUCUGCCAGGGCGAGAUGUACUGCCGCCGUGCCGCCUUCGUCCGGCCCAAAAGGACCUACGGCUCCAUCAACCUGAGGAUGAAGCAGCUGGCGACCGGAGAGGCGGACGUAGACGGGGUGGAGCGGGUUCUGGUGGAAAACACAGAACCAGGGUCCAGCCAGGACCAGAACUCAGAACUGAGCAGAACGCCGGCUGCUGCUUCAUCUGCAUGUGGAGUUUAGUCAGAAUUGAUCUCGUUGGAUCCGGUUGGAUCCCAGCCGUCAGAAGCCAACCAAUCAGACGGCCUUGUGACAUUGGCAGACAGGAAGUGGAGCGGUAAGGCCCGGUGGACAGAACUCAUCUGGAGGUUUUUAAAGAUCAGAAUCACUGCAAACUAAAACACUCAACCAACAGUAUUUUAGUGCAAAUACUCCAAUUUACUUGAAAUAAGACAAGCAGCUUGUUUUCAACAUUUAUUUUAAAUACAUUUUUUCUCCUCCAGCUGAUUUUUUUACUUCUGUAACUUUUUAAUCAAUAUUAAGGAAUCACUGACUUAAAACAAACUUCAUGCUGAAGAUUUACUUGUAAGUUGGUUUUGUCUUAUUUCCAGAAUUUGAAGACAUUUGCACUAGAAACUGAACUAAAAUAUUUGGUAAGAUUUUGUUUUUGCAGUGUAAUAACUUCUGCUAUUUUAAUCCUAUUAAAGCUAUAAAAGGCACAUUAUUUAGAAACAGAAA